GUAUCUUGCCAGCUGGUACAUUUGCCAGGUGACUCAUAUCUCAUCUCUUAUCCAAUUGAAGUUCAUCCAGCUUUCCACCAGGAUAACGCCAGGCAGCGAAUUGCAGGAGGGUGUGACGUGUUUUACAGUGCGCCAAAGAAAAGCCAAACGAACAUAUAUUUGAACGACGAUCGCUCAGUGAUCGGUGCUCGUGUGUGACAUCUCCAGACCCAACGAUGGGGUUGCUUCGACGGAACAGCUUAAACAUCGGCAAAUGGUUCCCGGCUGGUGCGCAAAGCCCACCACCACCAACCGGAACCGGUCGGGCCAGCUUUGGUAGCUCGGUCGCGAUUCAGAAGCUGCGCGAAAGCAAAUGGUUCGAUGCCGGCGAGGAGCGCAUCUUUUGCGCCGUGAUCGAGAACGGCUUUAUCGUCGAGGUGCGCCGUGAGAAGGAAACCGGCGACAGCUGGUUCGGAGUGGUGACCAUCGAGCAGAAGAAAUCAACCAAACCAACGGCAGAGCAUAUCAAAAUAUACUCCGUGCGCAUGAAGGACAACGAGAAGAAACCAAUGAAGGUGUACUGCGUCACACUGGCCCAUCUGUGGCAGCAGGGAUACCAACUGAGGAUAAACAACGUGGCCGACAGAACGAAGAAGGCACACCCCGAAAAGGACAUAUUAGCACAGAUCAAAUAUGCUUCCAAAUGUCAGAUGGUGUUCCAUAACAGUCAACAUUUUUCCGAAUUCUGUCGAUACGGUGAUCGGCCCCAAGAUAGCCGGAAGCGACAAGUAAGUGCGUUACUGAAACGAUUCGAGGACGCAUUGCAAGGAGCGCACAACAGCUACUUCUGAGCUAUACGACUGGUUACCGGAGAGCCUCACUGAAGAUUUCCGACUGCGCCAAAUGGGGCGGCAUCAAUAUGGGAGCAACACUCAUUUUCAUGGAAAUGCAGAAGAAGCAAAAGGCAGUAUCGCAGUAGAGUAAAAUAGGCGCGUGAUCGAAGUUGCCAUUUCGAUCGCUAAAUCGAUAGCUCGUGGAGCUCAAGAACUGGUCUUUAGCUUUAAGCAUUUCAAAAAGCAGAUACAACAGUUGAUAGCUAUUAUUGUGAGCUGCAUCACGGAUUUAGGUUCAUAUUCCAUCUGACCAUUUUAUGAUCUUAAUUUGUUACUUUGAUCUUUAAAUUCAAAUGUAGGUGCCUAGUGAUUUAGAAUAUGUAAUAGGUGUAAGAAACCCAGUACUGAUAAAAAUCACAAUUCAAAUUUUUUUUAGAAGUUUAAGACGUAUUUGAUUGAUGUUUAGAGCCAGCAGCUGCGCUCGAUAAGUUACCCCAACUUCUAUAACAUCGAUUUAAGCGAUCACGAGCCGGAGGCUCUAAGUGCAUUGCUCUGGUCGGCUAUUUGAAGAUCGGUCGUCCCCUUAUUGGUUUUGAUUGCCAACCCUUAUUGCGUGGUGCGCAAUAUAGUUACCACUUUAAAACGACCGUUUAAUAACUAAUACAAUAUUAAAAGGGAACAAGCCGAGCUAUACUUUUAGCAAGUCAGUUUAUGAAAGUUUAUUGGUGUAUCCAUAGCUUGUUCCAUGCUGAACAAUGAAUGAGUAAUUAUCGUUAUGAUAGAGUGGUAGAAUAACCUCGCACAAGGAAAGAUAAUAUCAUGCUUAUCUUUACCAAAGUUAAGAAGUACCAUUUUAUUCUUAUGAAAAUAUAUGUACAUUGUAAAAUGA